AUGGUUAGAUCAGAUAGAGGAAAAGAAUCAGUGGAUGUAGUAAAUGCACCUUGCAAGAACAUAGCUGACUUUUUUGAAUCUUGGUUGGAAACUUAUGUGAUAAUUUCAGACAGAGAGAGGAAAAGCAUUAGUGGAUACACCUUUACAACAAUUUUUUUGAAUCCCAGUUUGAAAAG